CGAAAAGCUUCCAUAGGUUCUACUGGCGUGAAAUGUCGUGGGGAGAAAUGCAUCUCCGUGGUAACUCCACUGAAGUCAGGAAAGCUACCCCAGGAAUGAAUGUGGCCCGGUUACUUUGCAGCAUUGCUUUCAUCAUGAGUUCCGAGUUAAAUGUCCCGGCGGAUCCUGCCACUCCUGCUUGCGGCUCUGAACCUGGCACAAAGGGCAUGGAUUAUCGGGACUGGGUCCGGCGUAGCUAUCUGGAAUUGGUCACUUCAAAUCAUCACUCUGUUCAGGCCCUCGCAUGGAGAAAACUGUACCUGAGCCGAGCCAAGCUCAAAGCUUCCAGCAGAACGUCUGCUUUGCUCUCUGGAUUUGCUAUGGUUGCCAUGGUGGAGGUGCAACUAGAGAUGCAGUAUCAGUACCCCCAAAUGCUGCUGAUUGCGUUCAGUGCCUGCACAACAGUGCUGGUAGCAGUUCAUCUCUUCGCCCUUCUCAUCAGCACCUGUAUACUACCUAACGUGGAAGCGGUGAGUAACAUACACAACCUAAACUCCAUCAGCGAAUCCCCACACGAACGCAUGCAUGUCUACAUAGAGCUGGCCUGGGGUUUCUCCACAGUCUUGGGAAUCCUCCUUUUCCUCGCUGAGGUGGUGCUUCUGUGCUGGAUAAAAUUUCUGCCUGUGGACUCCAUUAUGAAAAACGAGACUUCCAUCGUUCAAAAGCCCAGCGGCCAUGUGGGCUGGCAAGCAGCUCUGGUCUCCACCAUCAUCAUGGUCCCAGUGGGUCUGAUUUUUGUUGUCUUCACCAUUCACUUCUACCGUUCUCUGGUGCGGCACAAAACGGAGCGACAUAACCGGGAGAUUGAAGAGCUUCACAAACUGAAAGUGCAAUUAGAUGGACAUGACAGAGGGUUGCAGGUAGUGUGACAGAGAAACAGGGAUCUGUUUCAAAGCAAAUCAUUUUGCUCAGGCUAAGAGCAAAAUAAACAUUUUGCUAACAGGAGCAACCCAAACCAAACCAAUGAUGGAUUAUUUGGGGGUCUAACAAUCUAAAAUGCAAAUUGCCUGAUUUAUAGGGCAAUGGGUUCUAGUGCUUUUCCAAACUAAUGGGGUCUCGGGCCUAUUUCUAGUCCUGCACAAUUGUGUACCUAAGUUGAUACUGCCAUACAGUUAAAAACCAAAACUUUACCUACUUUAACAUUAUGUUCUGGAGAGUGGUUUCCAAACUGUUAUAUUUUAACAGUGCAACUUUCUUUUGCCAAGAGUGAAACUACUUGACACUUCAAAAAAAGCCACUGUUUUUGUAGGACCUGUCUGUUUGGGUUAUUUUUAAGUGUCUGAGCUCCCUUGCUGGCUGUGCAGCAGCAAACUGACAAUGACUGUUUCCAGGGUUGAGGUGGUAAGUAGUACUAUCUACUACAAAUCUGAGGACAUUCUGAACGCACUGCAGAACAUGGGUGUUUGUUACCUUUAUUAUAAAAUGGGUAUUACAGAAACAGGUCACUAGAAUGAUGCAAGAGGUUAGAAAUCAGCAGUCUUAGUACAUAUGUCCUCCUUUUGCUAUCCACUCUUGCUAGUGCCUAACCCUCCUUUAGAACAGGGGGGAGAGAAUUUCAGACUGGCAGGAGGCUGGGAAGCUCUGUUUUUGCCUGCUUCAGUAGUGUCCAUUCUUUUACAAUGAAUGCAUGCCCAGGUCUUCUAAUGUUACUGAUAAUGAAAGUUUGUGUGUCCAGGGAAGGCUUACAGGUAUUUUUAUUUUAACAACAAAGACAUUGUUAAAGCAGGAAACUAACUGGGAAUUUAAAAAGACCUGGCAUAGAAUUUCGAAGGACUAGAAAAGCUGAUUUAAACGGGUGAGGAAAGAUAGCACAUAAGACAGUGACAGAUUUCAGCAGUAUGGUUUCUUCAUUUGCUUUGUAUAUACCAGAAUGAGUCAUGUGUUUUGCUGGCUUGGUUUGCCACAGAGGGCUCGGAGUCCAGAUCCCGUGCUGCUCCCUUGUUCUUUGUGCUAGUUGUGCCUGAGAGCGUUCAGCAUUCUUACUCCUUAGGGAAGAAAGCAUCUUGCAUUUUCUCAAACACAUAUGCCUUAUGGCACAUGAAGCUGCGUUUUUGAGUUUGGGGUGAGCUGCAACCAGCCAUUCCAAAGGGAAAGCUGCAUGCAGUUAAAGUACUAUCACAUUUCACUUGUUGGCUGUAUUUCAGCAGUGGAGGAAGUGAUUCUUCUUUGUGCGUAUAUAGCUUAGUGAGUGAAACUUGUAAAGCGCUGUAGCAUCUUUCUGGUGAAAGUAUUAAUAAAGUCACAACUAAUUACAACUACUUCACGGGGAGGCACAAUAUUCUUCUGCAAUAAGUAGAAUGAUUUUAGUUUUUAAAGGAAAAGUAACACGUAUUUCAGCUACAGAAAUAUGUCAAAAUAUUUAAGCAAAAUGGUCCUGUCCUGUCCUGUCUCAUCACGCUCAGUAACCUGCAGGCUGCUGCCAGUGCUAAUUUCAGGCCCUACUCCCUUGCAUUCUAUAAUAGUUUUACAAUUUCUGCCAGUUCUUGAAUAUUUCUAAAAUAAUUGAAGAAGUUUGUAAUGUUCUAUUUCAGGGGUAGGCAACCUAUGGCACGGGUGCCGAAGGCGGCACACGAGCUG